GCAGUACGAGGCUGCGCACACACAUUGCAAUGAAAGAUAUACACAAACCCAUGCCCUUAUUCCGUCACACAAAUCCAGAAGACAGCGUUCGAUGUAGGAAGUCGGUCAACUCGUCAUUCCGUGCUAUUGCUACAUCUUCUAUCAGAUAUUGUUCUUACUUUUGAACAUUAUUGCGCUCUGAACUCUGUCUUAUACUGCCAGCGACAUUGUCGAUCUUUCAUUGGCUAUAAAUUGCCAGGGAGCUCUCCGCCUUGGUAUUUAGCAAGAAGUACUUCAAGUUUUUCAUGCACAUUCAUCGGAAAAUGGUGAAGCUGGAAUACAUGGAGAAGGAGAUGAAUGCUAGCCUGCCCCCUCCUCACUCCACUCCGGCUCCACCUCCACUUCACAGGAGCAAGGGGUUAUUUUCAGUGGAGAGCAUGUUGUCCCCUAAGGAAGGGGGCAUUGUUAGACGUGAACAUCCCCACCAUCCCCACCAUCAUCUUCUUCAACAUCGGCAUACUCCUCCCCAUCUGCAUCAUCCAGUCAUGACGAAGAUACAUGAGCCUAUUACCAGAAUGGAGUCACCACCUUCAAAUCAGACUGUCAUUAAUGACUCUGAAAGCUUUAUAAGACAUCAUCGCGAGCUCACCCCCAAGGAUGAAAUGGAAGAGGAAAUGGUGAAUGAUCAGGACAUUGAUGUUGAGCAUGACCACAAGAAUGAUGAAGAACAGAAAAUGAGCGAUACUGAGCCGGAGAGCGAAAAGAAAGACGAGAAUGAUGGUGAUAAGAAGGAGAAGGAAGAUGAGAAUGACGAGGAAAAGAAAGAAAAGGACAGUAAUUCUACAACGAACAGUGUGCCGAGAAACAAAUACGGUGAGAAACCUCCCUUCAGUUACAAUGCUCUUAUCAUGAUGGCCAUUCGUUCAAGUCCAGAGAAAAGACUGACUCUCAAUGGUAUCUAUGAAUACAUCAUGACAAACUUUCCAUAUUACCGUGAAAAUAAGCAGGGAUGGCAAAACUCAAUCCGACAUAAUCUGAGUUUGAACAAAUGUUUUGUGAAAGUUCCUCGACAUUACGAUGAUCCAGGCAAGGGAAAUUAUUGGAUGCUGGACCCUUCAAGCGAUGAUGUCUUUAUUGGGGGUACCACGGGAAAGUUGAGGAGGAGAACAACAGCAGCUUCUCGUAAUCAUCGCUUAGCUCAGCUAAAACGAGGAGUUCCUUACAUGCAUGGUGGUUUCCCAUUUCAACUAAGGACUGAUAAACCAUAUCAUAUGUAUUGGCCAUCGGGACCCCUCCUACCAUACCCACACCCAGCACACCACAACCAUCCCGCACUCAGGUAUGAUAUGACCAGCUCAGCCGCUGCCGCAGCGGCAGCUAUAACGGCUGAGCGACUCUCCGCCGAGCGACUCACUGCUACAGGUGGAUCGGGACCAUGCGACACCGUCUCUCUGUUCCCGGGCAACCACCCGCUACCCAAACCAAUACCCGGGCAUGGUUUCUCAGUGGAGCGGCUUCUCAGUCAACAAGAUUCACCUUAUAGUGUAUCUCCGACUGCACGGUUGGGUUCGCCCAACUCCGCUAUGGCUGUAGCAGCAGCUGCCGCAGCUGCAGGGUUCGUUUGCUCCGGGCUCCCCCAACUUCAGGUCAGCACAUCGAGUGAGAGCCCUACAUCAGGUUGUUGUUAUCCUCAUCUAUCUUACACACAACCUCUACAACCUGGUUCAUCUUAUGCUGACCUUUACUCGGCUGGCUUGGCUCAUCGACUACCUAUAUUCCCUCCCGGGAUGCUACCCGUGUCGGCUAUGCCUCAAGCUCCGCCUAUUCACGGCAAGUAAACUAUCACUAGAACUUUAUAUAUUCAGGACUUGCAAUAUUGACUUUGUGACUCUAAAAAAAAUAUUCAUGCAAUGUGGGAAAUUGUUUUCCUGUAAAUGUAUUCAUGCAUGAAAUAAUUAUGAAGUGAAAGAAAUUGUUUUCAAAUACUGAUAAUUUUGCUGCCAUGUUUAUGAUUCCUCCAGAAAAUAAAGGUACUUAAAAUUAACAUGCAUGGGCCAUUGUAUUUUUUGCAUAAAACCCCUUUUCUUAACAUAAUUUUCGACUUAACAACAUGCGAUCAUUACUAAUCAAUGGAGCUGGUAUUUUGUUUAAGCAAUGCUUAAAUGAUAACACCAAAUCAAAUUGUUUAUCAUUGGAAAAAUUGUAAAGUCGACGACACGAUGGGAAUGACAAUGUACUCAGCGAAUUUAUAUGAAAUUUAUUAUACUUUUGAAUUCUUAUAACACUUAUAUGCAUGAUCAGUAUGACAGGUUUUUUUUUACAUCCACUACCACCACUUACUUUGAUAUUGCCUCACUCAUUUUUAUUUUUCUUUAGUAAACAAUCCGUGCAUAUUAUUCAGUUAUUACAAACUCAAUGGAACAUGGAGACAAAUUUUACUCAACCGACUAGGCCGAAAGGCUACUGCUGACAUUUAUUUGUGAAUAAAAAUAAAUUGUCGGGGCAUAUAAUGUCGGGUUUUCAUAGUUUUACCCAUAAAUGAUAGUUUAUGUAUUUCUUUUCCAGUAUUGAUGGUUUGUACUAUUUUGUCUAUAAAAUGCUUGCACGCUCCACGUGAUGUAGUGGAUGUGUAAAGAGUCGGGUCUUGUUAUUAUUUCACACAAAAUGUAAGGCAGUUUAAAAUUCAAUCUAGUUUAGAUUGAAUUAUUUUAAUCAUAAAUGUUCUAAAAUGUAGAAGUGAAUAAAUAAAUGACAAUGUUUUAUCAGAACAUAAACAGUCCGUUUUUUUUUCAAAUUGUUACUCAAUACAUUAUGCUUUACUUUUUUUUUAUAACCACAGCGAAUUAUAACAGACACAAAGGAUAUUAUUUAUUUCAAAUGAGUUUGUGAUUAUGUUAAACAAAAGCAAACGACAAUCCGACAAUCAUUUUCCUUUAAAUGCUUGUGCCAAUUUCGCCAACAUUUAGCUUUAAAAAAAUUGUCCUUUUCGAAAAACCCUUUGCUCUUUGAUAUUUAUUUCUGUUGUCAACUUGAAAGUUGAAUGUUGAACUGUAUAUAUUUCACGGACGCACAAGUUUUAUUUUAAAUACUCGAUAAACAGAGUUUUCAAAUGCUAUUAAAGGUCAACAUGUGUAUUGUUGUGACGUGAAAACCUUUUUUCUUCAAAAUUUGAUAUUAUUACCAGCAUUUUAGACAAUCAAGGGAGUAACAUUUUGUGUCGGUCGUGUACAUAUCGCUUGCUGAGGUAAUACUGUUGAAGAUUCGCUCCUUUUCUGGAUGUUCAGAUAAUAUCAAUUAAAUCGAAACCAGUUCUAAUGAAACUCACAUUAUCAUAUUGUGACAAUGACAAAAAUCAUAUUUAUGUAAGAGACAAUCAGCAUUAUUGUUUACUAUUGUGACAAUCAGUUGAAAAUGCAACUCAAUAAUAUUUUAAACUUUUAUUGCUUAUAUUGCAUGCAAAAUAAAUUAUGACAAUCAGAAAGAAUAGGUGUUAUUUUGAUUGCUGCUUCGAUUUGAUUUUUCCUUAAUUUUUGUUUAUUAUUAAUUAUUAUUAUUUUGGGGUAUGUGAUUUUAAAUAAAUAUUUAGACUCGAUGUUCGUGCAUAAUCGUUUUAAGAUCUUAAACAAUUUUUUUUAGUUGACUUAUAUAUAUCAAAUUUAGCAGUCCAAAUGCAGGUGCAAUAUAUUUUUUGAUGUAAAUUAUGCUUUGUAAUUUGUAUAGAAUUUCUUAUAAAUUAUGAGAUUUCACAUACAACUUUUUGGAAUGAUGUCAGAUGCUCGACAAAAUAUAUCAGAUUUUAGACAUGUUGAAGAGUUGUGUGAUUUUAUAUAUUCGUUUUGAUUCAGUUUGGAUUAUGAAUCAUUUUCAACCAAUUAUGUAGUUCAUUAUUUGGAUUGAAUUAUGAAACGUCAUCAAAAUGUAAUACUAUUUUUGUUGUUGAAAACAUUAUCAUUAUUGUUUUAAAUUUUGAAGCUGGCUUUAAGCUUUGGUAAAUAUUAAUAACUAAUAUGUUUUGGUAAAGUACUAGAAACGAUGUUUGUUUUAAAAAAUAGGGUGCGUGGGCUCCCUUAUUUCUUUUCUUUCUUUGUUUCUUGGAAAAGCGUUGUCUUUAUCUUGAUUUGCUGUUAAAUACUUGAUUCUUCCACCAAUAUGUUCUGGAAAAAAGAGGUUAAAUAACAAUUCACUUUAUGUAGCAAUGUGACCCCCCC